AUGUCUGGUAAAGAAGAACAGCAAAAGAACCCCGAGAUCCGUGAGCCAAGCACUGAUUCUGUCAACCCGGAAGAAGACUCCAUCAGCAGAGACCUUGCUGCCGACUUUGCCCACAAUCUCAAUACACACGAUCAAGGCGACAGACAGCGCCAAAACUCGGCAUCUGUUCAAAAGGACUGGGCCUUGUUGAAGAACCCUGCCAUCCAUAACGAGCGCCUUGAGAACAUUCGUCAAAAGAAGGGCUUCAUCAUUGAUAUGGAUGGUGGCACAAAGCUUUUGCCAGGUGCAAAGGAGCUUGUCGACUUUUUGAACAGAAACAACAAAAAGUACCUGUUUUUGACAAACAACUCUGCACCCACGCCACGUGAAUUGCAACAAAAGCUGAGCCGUCUCGGUAUUGAAGUGACUGAGGAUCACUUUUUCACUGCCGGUCAAGCAACUGCUUAUUUCCUCAGCUCUCAAUCGCCCAAUGGUGGCACUUGUUACGUGAUUGGCGAGCCUGGUCUUGCUUAUUCGUUGUAUGACAAGGGCUUUUUCAUGAACGAUCACAAUCCAGACUAUGUCAUUCUCGGCGAAGGUCCUUCAUACAACUAUGAAAAGCUGAGCAAAGCCGUCCAGCUGGUUCAGCAAGGUGCCAAGCUGAUUGCCACCAACUUGGAUGUAGAGAACUUGGACUCAAAGGGUAACAAGAUCCCAUCAUGCGGUGCUUUCACGGCUUGUGUCGAGUUAGUGACACGCACCAAGGCAUUCUUCUGCGGUAAACCUUCGGCAUUGAUCAUGCGUUAUGCUCAAAAAGUUCUCGGAUUGAGUCGCCUGGAAACAUGUAUCAUUGGUGAUCGCAUGGAUACUGAUAUUGUUGCCGGUAUCAGUUCCGAAAUCGAUCCUGUUCUCGUGCUCUCUGGCGUUACUUCCAUGGAGGAACUUGCAUUGUUCGCUUACCGGCCCUACUUGAUCCUGGGUGGCGUCUACGAGAUCCCUUCAGACGAUAGGAAGCAUAACAUUUCCGAAAGCGAUAUGGAAGCAGCUAGUAGAAGGGUGAGAUUUGCAAAUCCAUUGACUACUGAAAAUUAA